AAAGCACAAUCUGUAUCAGUCAGGGAGCACACACACUGACACACACUCCUCCAUAAAUACACACACGCAACUCAGACACACUCAGUCAGAUCACACACUCAGCAGGACUGUCAUCCACACAUCCACGCUGCCGUCCUGGGAUAUGAACCCUCUCGUUCUCACCUGUCUCCUGUGCUUCGUCGUCUGCGCUGCUGUCAGUGCUGAGGGGUCAGAGGUCACAUAUUCCACUGAACUGAGUGGAGUGACCGGGGGUCCGUCCUCGGGGGAGGGCCUCCAGAGUUCACUGAGCGAUGAUGACGAGGUGGAAGAACACGAAGAUGUUUCAGCGGGAGCCAAUCAAAACCACGUGUUUCACAUGAAUAAUGAUGAGAGGAGGAAAAGGAAAGGCAAAGGCAAGAAGAGGAACAGGCAGCAGGUCAAAAGCACGACCUCCAUGAACCCCGAGUACUCGUUCUACACCAGCGGGUACGAGUCCCCUUUCAGCACCACCCUGGACCCGUGCACCUCCAGCCACCUGGGAUACUGUAUCCAUGGAUACUGCAAAUACAUGGAGGGUCUGCCGGAGCCCGUGUGCAUCUGUAUGAAGGGUUACGACGGUGAACGCUGUGGGAUCCAGACUCUGUUGACAGGACGAAACAGGAAUGAUGAUGAUGAAAGCAGCAGCAACACUGAGCUGGUCCAGACCGUCCUCGUAGUCAUUGCCGUGGUCCUGUCAGUCAUCAGCUGCGCCGCCAUCAUCCUCAUGACCUGCGCUCAUUACAGGUCCCAUAAAAACUUCUUGGCAUCGUACCUGGGAACUGCGACAGAGCAGGAGAAACUCCAGAAACCCAGUGGAGACGCGAUGGUGUGAAGGCAUCGAGUUACUGGCCGCCAGAUGCACCUUCUGAAAAUGAAGCAGACGAUCAGAGCCUGAGAAUCUGGAGGCAGUAGAGUGAAUAGACUGCUUCAUUAGACUCUCCACAUACUUAUUAGAAUGUAAUUUAUUGUAGUGAUUAUUUAUUGCUAAAGACUGUACUGUGUGUGUUUGUGUAUGUUGAAUUACUAUGAGGUUAAUGUAUGUGAAUGCUGAGCGUUCAUAGGUUUAUUUAUUGCACUGCUCGUACAUAUAGGUCAGACCAACACUCUUCAUCUCGCUCUGUUAAAGGGAUGGAAUUUGAUCACCAAUAAAGUGUCUCAGUGUUAUGUUGAAGUGUUGUCUGUUCGUGUCAUGGACUUGUUUCCAUUCCCAUCUGUGGAUGCGUCCCAUACCUGAGCAGCGUGCUCAUAGAAACAUCACCAAACACAGAUUCAUUCAGACAGGAAUAACCGUGA